GUGGGAAGGUAGAGGCUACUCUACUACAGAGCCCUGCACGCUUUUCUCGUUGUUAUUAUUAUUAUUAUUAUUAAUAUUAUUGUUACUAUUUAUAUCAAUCUGUAAUUACAGAUACUUAAAGAGAGUGAGAAUGGGCUCUUCGUCGUCGUCGUCUUCGUCGCCGCCGCUGCCUCCUUCUAGAGCCAAGAAGGGGUUGGGAUGGAUCGAGUGGCUGAGAGGCUGGCUGUAUGUGAUAUACGAGAUGCUUUUCCAGAGGAUUUUGGCCAGCCAUUUGCAGAAUCCCCUCCCUCUCCCUCCAAUUAACGAUCUCACUUGCAUUGUCACCGGAUCUACCAGCGGCAUCGGCCUUGAAAUCGCCAGGCAACUGGCAGAAUCGGGGGCGCAUGUAGUUAUGGCAGUGAGGAACCCCAAGGCGGCUUAUGAAUUGAUUCGGAAGUGGCAGACUGAAUGGUCUGGAAUGGGUCUUCCUCUCAACAUUGAGGUGAUGGAACUUGAUCUUCUGUCAUUGGAUUCUGUUGUGAGAUUUGCUGAUGAUUGGAAUGCACGUUUGGGACCUCUGCAUGUUCUUAUUAAUAAUGCCGGGAUAUUUUCCAUUGGAGAACCACAAAAGUUCUCAAAGGAUGGGUAUGAAGAGCACAUGCAAGUGAAUCAUUUGGCUCCAGCAUUGCUUUCAAUGUUGCUUUUGCCUUCUCUUAUUAGAGGUUCUCCAAGUCGAAUUAUUAAUGUGAAUUCCAUUAUGCAUUAUGUUGGCUUUGUUGACACUGAAGAUAUGAAUGUUGUUUCUGAGAAAAGGAAGUUUACAAGUUUAUUGGGAUACUCGAGCAGCAAACUUGCACAGGUCAUGUUUAGCAGUGUUCUUCAUAAGCGACUGCCUGCUGAAGCUGGCAUCAGUGUAGUCUGUGUAUCACCAGGAAUUGUCCACACGAAUGUUGCGAGGGAUCUUCCCAAAAUUGUUCAAGCUGCUUAUCAUCUAAUACCAUAUUUUAUUCUUAGUGCUCAAGAAGGUUCUAGAAGUGCUCUUUUUGCUGCUACUGAUCCUCAGGUUCCAGAGUACUGUGAGAUGUUGAAAGCAGAUGAAUGGCCUGUCUCUGCUUUUCUCUCCCAAGACUGCCGCCCAACAAACCCUUCUGAAGAGGCACACAACGUUGAGACUUCUCUAAAAGUGUGGGAGAAGACGUUAGAGAUGAUAGGCCUUCCUUCAGAUGCCGUGGAGAGGCUUGUUGAAGGGACAGAAGUUGAAUGCCGAUAUGGGGCUCACCAGGAAUAGGGUUUUUUUUUUCUUGUGAUUUUUUUCUACAUGUUAGAUGCUUAACUGUGAAAAGCACAUGCAGCUGACCACUUCUGCCAGGUGACUGCAAGGCUCGGGCUGUACCACUUCACUAUCUACCAGUGUCCCUGAUCCUCAGUUGACUGAAACUUGCUGAAUCUUUGCGUUAUCUUUGCUAUAUUAUAUUUUAAAAUAUCAAGGAGACGGUGAGCAGUUCCAAGUGGAGCUUCUUCCUGAGGGAGUUUAGAACAACAAAUGUGAUAAUUAUAACUUUACAUACUGCUGCCCUUGGUUCUCAGCGAUGGAUGUCAGCUACAAUUAAGCGAGUAUUGCAUUCCAUGGCUGUGUUUAGCUAGAACCAUGGGAUUAUCUUACUUUCUGCAUUUAAAAUUUUCUUUUUCUUUAUUCCCCCCUCUUCUUUUGGGAUAGGUUACAUGAUAUCACCUAUCUAUAAGUUGUACAAACUCCUCUAGUUGGCUUGGGGAAUGUAAAUUAAUAUAUUGUGCUAAACUCUGAAACAGGGCAUCAAAGAAAUCUUUAUUUUGCUUUUGGAUCA